UUGCAUGGUGGUGAUAUUUAUCAUCUCGGUGGAACCUCCAGAAGAUGGAUCAGCAUAUAUGAUGUCUGCUGGGAGUCGAACUUCACGUCCAGUUACCAUCAUAUUUGGGGAGAAACCAGUCGCUUCAUGCGGUGUUGCUCGACCGUUGACCUCCUAAAAGUCCAGUUGAAUCUGCUCUUAAAGCACGGCACGGCAGAGUGCCCACUCGUGGUCAUCUUGGACUCGCUUGACCAGCUGGACACCUCUCACAAUGGCCGCUCUUUGAUGUGGCUCCCGGCCUCCCAGCCGCCUCACUGUAAGAUUAUCGUGUCAUCACUUCCGGAAGAGAAUUACGAGACGUUUCCGGUCCUGAAGAAAUUAUUUCCUGACGAGGAUAGGUACAUACAUGUCCCGGAACUAGAUCAGAGGGAUGCACACAGCAUAGUGGCAUUGUGGGCGCAGAAACGGAACCGGACGUUGACUCAGACCCAGAUGGAACUUCUGCUGACCACAUUCCGGAAGUGCCCGACACCGCUGUUCUUAAAGCAAAUAACGGAAUCACCGAGACGGAGCUUGAUGACGUGUUGUCUUGCGAUGAUGACGUAUUGAAUGACGUCUUCACCUACUGGACACCGCCCAUGCGCAGACUGCCCCCUCUAAUUCUCGUGCUAAUACGGACGGACAUCGACCAAUAUAUCGUUGAGCGCGGUUCAGACGGUGCGUGCGUGCUGAACUGGUACCACCGUCAAUUUACGGAAAGUGCGCACGGGCUCUACUGCGCAGACGAAGCGAAGAACAAGCGUCUCCAUGGCAACCUAGCUGAUUUCUUCGCGGGAGCCUGGGAAAAUGGAAGAAAAAAGCCGUACACGAACGCUAAAGGGGAGGUAAUAGAAGAGGACCGCUAUGUGACGUCACAGCCCCUUCGCUUCGGAGAGGAUGACUACAACAUCCGGGCUCUAAACAAUCUGCCCUAUCACCGCCUGCACGCGGGUCACGUUGACCUUCUCAAGAAGGAGUGUCUCGCCAAUGUGCACUUCUGCGUUGCUAAGUUACAUGCACUUCCUGUUGAGGCGCUCUUAGACGACUUCACGGCGGCCAAAGCGGCGUUCCAGGGGGAUUCCCUGCUCAAGAACAUCCUGGAGGCGCUUCUGCUCUCCCGGACGGGACUUCAAACGGAUCCGGUUCAGUUCGUGCCACAGCUACUCGGGCGCCUGGAGGACAAUGAGUCUGCGAGGAGGAGGAGGAGAUCAAAAUCUGGAUCAUCAAGGUCGACCCUCCACGGUUGCUACGCAAUGUGACGGGUAAAGCUCAGUGCAGAAAGGUCGCGUUGUGUCAUGGUGACGAGUGGAUCGCCAUGAAAUUGGGCAACGGAAUAAAAGUAGAAGUUCUGCACACAGGACGUGUUCCACUGGGCCACCAGGAUGCGUUGUUUGUGACCGGCAGUGCGGGAGAGGACUCGCCGAACAUAGUCGGCGUGUAUAAUGUCGGCAGACUGGAAUACCGCGCCAUCCGAGAACUUGUUAGACGACGGGUUUUAUUUCGCUCUUUGCUAAUUGUAUGUGUAUUGCUCUCAUUUGCUUCAAUGAAUUUCGACAACAUAUAAUGAUGACGUCUAUAUGAGCCCCGUUCUGUGAAAAGUAGGGUUCAUUCACGUGCGUAAAUUGUCGUCCCAGAUUAGCCUGUGCAGUCCGCACAAGCUAAUCAGGAACGACACUUUCCACGUUUGUUGAAUUUUUUCGUUAAAAUAAAGUCUCUUUUAAACGAAAUUUCAAACUGUCGUCCCUGAUUAGCCUAUGCGGACUGCACACUCCACGCAAUGCGUUAAACCCAGUCUUUCCCAGAACGCGGCUCAUAUAAAUAAUCCAUUAAUUACAGUUUUGUUUUCAAAUAUUUGUUAUUGAGUUUCUUUUAUGUAAUUAUUCUUUCUACACUUAAAACGUCCAUAUUUUUGUAAAAUGUUGCAUUCCCCCUGAAAAUUAUUCGAUUCUUAAGAUACGUUCAUGAUUAAUUUGAUUACAAAACAGUCCAAUUAAGUAAACUUUUCAAAAAUAACAAAAUAUCGUGCGCCAUACUUGCAAACGUUAUACUCAUCAGAAGGUGGCCUGCAAUGCAAACAUGAGGUUUUACGAAGCAGACAACAGAUCAGUGGUCAUGGAAAUUUACGAUAAGUUUUACUUGUUUGACCUUGAAAAGAUGGACGUCAGCAUCGUGUUUUCGGGUCGAGUAGUCGAUACACGAGUGUGUAUCUUGACCAAACGGAAGCAACUCCUCGUGGCGUCACGUUUUGGCAAGAACGUGAAACGGUACAACAUCACAAACGGCUGCAUUGACGCCAUAAUAAAAACUGGACACAAGAAGGAGAUCUACCAAGUUGUGGUGAACGAUCCGGGAACGCUCGCUGCAGUGACGGUAGUUUGUGGACCUGUAGUGUUGAUGGAACCUGUCACUCACUCUCGCAUGUAUGAGAUCUCAAACAGUACGUUCAGGAGAUGCGAAAGUAUCUUUACCUCUCAAAAUUAAACAUACGUUGGAAUUUCGCGGCAUAUAUCGUACAAUAUAUUUCAAUGUUAACGGCGUUUCUUUUUCUGUGUGCGCAUUGCA